GAGAAGGAGGCAGACAGCUGGCAGAUGAUUGAAAGGACCCCACUUCACGUGCAUCACGCCCCUGGCCUUACUGGAGUAAUGGUAACGCCACGUGGCAUAAAGAAGACGAAUUUACUGACACGUUUAUUUUCCUUGGACGCCUCAACUUGGGACAUGUACCAGGGCACGAGGAGACGCACGAAGGAAUAUUGAGUUCGGGUGGUGGGAGGAUCAUAAAUUUAGCAAUGCUAUUUAUACAUAAUCAGGGACGCAUUCAAAAUUUAAUUUAAGAUUGAACUAUGAAAUUUUAAGCUGGACUACAAUACGAAAAAAACAUUUAUACGUAAAAAUACCUUUUUUAUAAAAAAAAAUAGCUUAAAUUUUUUUUCAACCUUUGUUGGUGGACUAUAGCCAGCUCAGUUCUCCCUCCCUCCCUCCGUCCCUGUACAUAAUUAAAUAAAUAAUGCUAUUAGAUAUCACUGAUGUUUAAUAUCAAUUUAUAUGGUUGAACUAGUGACAUUAAAUUAUAAGUUCAAUUAUAUGAAUCAAACAAUUUCACCUUACAUAAACUAGCGUUCAAGCAUUACUAUUGCCAAAUAACAAGGAAAAGAGAGAGGAAAAAAACCAAGAAAGAAUAAAAUGAAGUUAGUUAUAUUAUCUACAUCGUAAAUAUGUGUAUCAAUUUGCCCACUCUUAUAUCCAUGAAUUUUUAUUAACAAGUGGCAUAAUAGCAUUUCGGCUUAAUUUAAGGGGCAACAUCGGGAUAUCGUAUGUGCAGUUGCAGAGAGGAUAAGAGGAGAGAGACAGAGAGUAGGUAGGUACAAUUUAGAGAGAUGAGGGGGGAAAAAAAACUUCAUUCUCCUAUACAAACCCUUUAUAAAAGCAGAUCAACACCUCCAUUUUCAAGUAACAAACCCUCGAUACAUUUACAAAAUCCCCAUUCUCAUCGUAUCAUCAAACAAAGCGAUAUUCAGAGACGAGAGAGAUGGCUGCAUCAAAAACCUACUUUGCUAGAGCAAACUACAGAUUCCUCCCAACCGAUCAGACGCUCACCAAAGGCUCAACGAUGUUUGAGCUCGACGAGUCCGAGGUCUGGAACUUGGAGUCCCGCUCGGCCUCUCCGGAGUUCCAGAAAGCCAGUUCGAGAAUCUCCAGAAAGACACCGUCGGCGAUUGCAUCGAGAGUCGGCGACGGGCCAUCGUCUCUUCCGGUGAACGUGCCGGACUGGUCGAAGAUAUUGAAGGAAGAGUACAGGGAGAACCGCCGCCGAGACAGCGACGGCGAUGAUUACGAAGAGGAGUAUGGAGAGAACGGGAAUCGGAUUCCGCCUCACGAGUUUUUGGCGCGGCAAAUGGCGAGGACGAAGAUUGCCUCCUUUUCGGUGCACGAAGGUAUCGGGAGGACCCUUAAGGGAAGAGAUCUCAGUACGGUCAGAAAUGCAAUUUGGGAGAAAACUGGAUUUCAAGAUUGAUUGAUUUUUUUCAGUUCUGGUAUUUUUGGUUUUAUUUUCCAUUUUGCCAGAGAGAGAUUAACUGAGAUUUUUCCCGCUUGUAAUUCUGAAAAAUUUAGUCAAAGUUAAUUUUAUAUUUUUAAUGUAGACAUUUUCAAUUCAGUACACACAUAAAGGGGCGGAACUGAAAAUUCAAAGAGUAUUGUCCAGUUUAACGUAUUUCUGUAA